AUGGCCCAGGCGAAGAUCAGCGCCAAGGCCCACGAGGGCCGCUUCUGCCGCUCGUCGUCCAUGGCCGACCGCUCCAGCCGCCUGCUGGAGAGUCUGGACCAACUGGAGCUCAGGGUUGAAGCUUUGAGAGACGCAGCUACUGCUGUUGAACAAGAGAAAGAAAUCCUUCUGGAGAUGAUCCACAGCAUCCAGAACAGCCAGGACAUGCGGCAGAUCAGCGACGGAGAAAGAGAGGAACUAAACCUGACUGCCAACCGUCUGAUGGGCCGGACCCUCACUGUUGAGGUCUCAGUGGAAACGAUCCGAAACCCCCAGCAGGAGGAAUCCUUAAAGCACGCCACGAAGAUAAUAGACGAGGUAGUCAGUAAGUUCCUGGAUGAUCUGGGGAAUGCCAAGAGCCACUUAAUGUCACUUUACAGUGCGUGCUCCUCUGAGGUGCCACCUGGGCCGGUUGAUCAGAAAUUUCAAUCAAUAGUCAUCGGUUGUGCUCUGGAGGAUCAGAAGAAAAUCAAGAGGCGCCUGGAGACUCUGCUGAGGAACAUUGACAACUCCGACAAGGCCAUUAAACUGUUAGAGCAUGCUAAAGGAGUUGGUUCCAAAAGCCUGCAAAACACCGACAGCAAAUUUAACUAGCCUUCAAAUCCACAGGCCCUUACAAAAGAUGUAGAAAAGAAAACUACUAUUUUAAAUAGCUCCGUCUUUAUGUUAGGCAUAACCACUUAAUUGAUACUGGUAAUUAUUUCAGUUGGGAAGUAUUCCAGUGUCAGCAGACACACCAAUAACACUUAACACUAGGAGUAUUUCAGUCACCUACUUUGACGUUUUGGACAGUGUUCCCGUCUUGAACUGGACUCUAGCACUGUAUAUCUAACUUCUGAAGAUGCACGCGCAGUGUGUGUGGGGGGAAAUAAAACGGGUAGGGGCAGCAAAAAUACCACUGCCCUUUCCUUGACUUCAGCACAGGGUACCCAGACCCUGGGGCAGUGCACUCACACCACAGUGUGAACAGAGCACCCAGCCCUGGAGCAGUGUACUCACAACCCACAGUGUGCCUAGAAGGAUAAACACAUCAGAACUUCACCCUGCAUGUUCUCCAUGUUUUGGGCAUCUGUUUUCUCUAUGCAGCUCAUACCAUGUAAUUUUAGGUGUGCGUGGAAGCAUGACGAAAUAUGAGGAGCCUGCCUUCAUUUUACCACUGUGAAGCUCUGGGCCCCCCCCACCCUGUGUGCCGCAGGGCAUCUCUCCAGGGCCAGGGCUGACUGCCUUUACGUGCCGCCUUGAGCUCAUGCGUGUGCAGCGGGAGCACUUACCCAGCCACUUCUCUGUGGACAGUUGGGUGGUUUCAAUUUGUUGCUGUGACUUCAACAUACUUAUGUCCGCUGAGCUCUAUUCGGUUCUUGGUCUUCUUUGUAUAAAAUUCCAUUAAUGGGUUCAUCGGGCCAAAGGAUAUAUACAUUUUCAUGGCCUAGAAACAUAUUUCUAAACUUUUAUAAGUUAUAUCAAUUUGUACUGUCUUCAGUAAUUAAAAGAAUCCAUUUCGCUGAA